ACAAGCAUAUUGUGCCCGACUUAAAAGUUUUUGAAGCAUCACGGCUUAAUGUUUCUGACUUUGCAGGUUGUAUCCACGCCAUGCAAGUGCCCUAAACAACCUUGGAACGCUGACGAGAGACACAGCAGAGGCAAAGAUGUACUAUCAGAAGGCUCUCCAGCUACAUCCACAGCACAACCGGGCUCUUUUUAAUCUGGGCAAUCUCCUUAAGUCCCAGGAGAAAAAAGAAGAAGCUAUCACCUUACUGAAGGAUUCCAUUAAAUAUGGUCCAGAGUUUGCAGACGCAUAUUCAAGCUUAGCUUCGUUAUUGGCUGAGCAGAGUCCUGGAUGCAUGCCCCUCCUGCUAUGGGGAAACAGAUGCAAGUUGUCUUCUCUCUAAAUUUAUGAUAUAGUUU